UGACGAACCAAGACACAGCAGCUGUUGUGGGAAAACGCCAAAAAGCCUUGUUGGUGUAAGACUCGAAGUACUGACAAAAUGCAAAGGUCUCAAAAAAGACGGGAACCUGGUCCAUUGCAAAAAAUUCUUGCUGGUGUGACCGCUGGUGCAUUUGAAGUGAGUAUCACGUAUCCUGCAGAAUUCGCAAAGACGCGAUUACAGCUGUACGAACGAGCAGAAGGGGCCGCAGCGAAGCUCCCGCCAUUUGGAUUGCAAUGGUACCGAGGCUACACGUCACUAUUCAUUGGGAAUGUGGUCAGAGCAGGAUUUCGUUUUCUCGCGUUUGACGGUAUUUUGAGAUUGUUGAACCCACCAAAUAGUCGACCAACAGGUCCACGAACCGUCGCUGCUGGCUUAGGUGCUGGAAUCAUUGAAUCGGUAUUUCUCAUCACACCGUUUGAAGUCGUCAAAACCGCUGUAAUUGAUGACGGGAAACAAGUACCAAGCAAGCAACGACUUGGAUCAUUCAUGCAUGCCAUUAAAACGAUUUCCAGAGACGGGGGUCUAAAAGCAUUGUAUCGAGGUUUUGGACCCACAAUUGUUCGCCAGGCAGGAAACUCUGCUAUUCGGUUCAGCACAUACACUGGUUUAAAGCAAGCUCUUCAAGGACAUCUAACACCAGGUGAGAAGCUGAGUACCAAAACAACCAUUUCCAUUGGUUGCAUCUCAGGUGCCGUUACCAUUUUCUGCACACAACCCAUUGAUACGGUAAAAACUCGUAUGCAAUCGUGCAGUGCAAAAUACAGAUACAAAAACAGCAUCCAUUGCGCUUACAAACUGUACAAACAAGACGGGAUUCGACAACUUUGGGCAGGAACGCUUCCACGACUUGUUCGGUUGACGCUGAGCGGAGGCAUUGUCUUUGCAGUUUAUGAAAAAUGUGUUGAUUUUUUUUAAUGUGUUCAGCCUACACGCAACGGGUUAAGAAAUAGUCCGGAUGGUGUUUUAGUAGGUGCAUUUCGUUCAAGGAUGGCUUCAGUGGCGGUUUUAUGGUUUCAAACCGCCAUGCAAACAUCGUGUUAUUGGGUUAAUCGCGGUUAAGUAUAUACAAUGCAGAGACUGUUCUCAUUAAACAAGUACUACCAAGCAAGCAUUAGAUGAAAGAGGAAAAAAGAAAAACGAGAUAAACGAUUGAAAGGACGAACGGGUGAUACAAGGUUUACCAGUGGCUCAAAUCCAUAGACUAACCACUGAACAUAACACUGCGGUGUGGAAGGGAGCGGGAAAGAAAGAACCAAAGGAGAAUACUCAAGGAAACAUAAGACGGACGGGGGAGAGGGUACUUAGCACAUUAGCUGGUCAUUUACAGCUCCUGACUGGGCUUGGUACGUCCUGAUGUCUUGGGAAGCAAAUGUUGGUGAAUGUUAGGAACAACACCACCUUGGGCAAUUGUGACAUUGCCCAAGAGUUUGUUCAGCUCUUCGUCAUUACGAAUGGCGAGUUGAAGAUGACGGGGAAUGAUACGAGUCUUCUUGUUAUCACGAGCAGCAUUACCGGCCAGCUCGAGAAUUUCGGCAGCAAGGUACUCCAAAACAGCAGCCAAGUAGACGGGAGCACCAGCACCAACACGUUGAGCGUAAUUUCCCUUACGAAGAAGACGAUGGACACGACCGACGGGGAAGGCCAAACCAGCCUUGGCAGAACGAGAUUGAGCGGACUUGGCGAUAGCAGCCUUACCUCCAGAUUUUCCUCCAGACAUUAUUAAUGGGAAUUAAAAGCUUAAUGAGUUUUACACGAUCGUUCAGCAACAAUUGGGUGAGUUGUUGGUGGAAGGAGUGUUCGCUGCUAUUUAUUUAUUUUCCGUGACAAUUAGGGUUAGGGUUGUUGAUGAAUCAUGGCG